UGUUUGGAAAAUACACCAUUGUGUGAAUCCGUGGGCUGACAGACAAAAAGCCUGAUACUUCCGAUCCCUGCAUCUGAGGCCCAGCAUAUAAACUAAAUUGAGCCAACUGAAUGUCCUUGCCCAGAGCUGUGAAUAGGGAACAGUGUUACAAAAAACGAAGAAGAGAUUAGAAUUAGUUCCGGUGGCUCUCCCUUGCCCUAUGGUGGGAGCGUCCAAGUGUCUAGCAGCAGAGGCCCCUUAACCAGACUGUACCUUACGCUGUAGUCCCAGCAGCCUACUUUCCUAGAUUCCCAAGCUACCUGAUAACCAUCCAGCAAAUUAUUUUUCUACUCAAGAUGGACACCAAAAGCCAUUUCCCUGGUACUCUAGAAUUGCAGAAAAACUACUCAGCAGCAUAAGGACGGUGCCAAGGCCCAUUGUUUACGGGCCCUGCAAUUUUCUAAGUAAUGUCAACAAGGCAUGGACUAAGCUCCAGGAGGGUGGAGUCCUCAGCCAGCUCGGCCACUGUGGUGUACCCUGCCCUUAGCUCAGUGCUGGACAAACGGAUAUUCAGCCGCUGUUUCAUUUCGAUGUGAAUGAACAAAAGAGUAACACAUACCUCAACAUGCCUCCUCAUUGUCUGUCUUAGAUUUUUGGAUCCUGAUUGCUUUUAGUGUAGAUUUUUCUUAGGAAGGGAGAGAAUUAAAAAAUGAUGAUGCCAAGGUUUUACGUUCAGGUCAAUAGGAGGCUGUGUUCUCACUGGCAGAAAUGAGGAAGUCGGCAGAAAAAGAUUAGGUUUCUUUUGUGGUAAGUUGGACCUGUCAACGACCAGGGUUUUAAAAUUUUCAUAACUGCAAGUUAAACAGGUUGUGGCAGUCACUAGAUUGCUUUGUAUUUGUUUUAAAAAGUACAAUAGUCCCUCCUACUGAACUCUGAUCCAGAAAAACAAUUGUUAACCAACUAAGCAACAUCAGAACGCCACUGGAAUACCUGCGAGGACAAUGUUCUUUUGUAUUGUUAAAUUGAUUUGCAUAUACGAUUUAUUUAAGCUUUCAAAAUGAUUAGAAAACUUUGUAUUGUCUUGCUUUUGUUGUUUGUGACUCCGGGAGAAGCAGAGAAAGCAUUUCUCAGUGUUUUGAACAUAGAAAAGCCUGAAACAAAAGAGGAAACCAUCAUUGUAAGGUCAAGUUACAAAGAAAAACGGCCCAACUCCAGCUACGUCUUUGUGCUAUCAGAAGAUCCCAAAGUGCUGCAAGUGCUGAAUGUGACCAAGACCUCACUGGAUGUUACAAACUUUACCACACACCUCGUGACAGAUGAAGAAGGAGAGACCAAUUUGACCAUUCAACUGUGGGAUUCUGAAGGUAAAGAACGACUCAUUGGAAAAAUUAAGAAUGUCAAAGUCAAGGUGCUCAAACAAAUCAAAAACAAUCCUUUCCAGGCAUGAGUGCAUUUUGAUAGGAAUCUCUUCACGCUUAUUCUGCCAACGAUACUGUUAGAUAAAUGUGCAUUUGGUUGCAAGAUUGACCUGCAUGUGCUUCAAACAAUAUGGAAGACACCUUUGCCAGGAAUUCUUGGGGCAGUUACACAGUUUUUUCUUAUGCCAUUUUGUGGAUUUCUUUUGACCCAGAUUUUGGCAUUGCCUGAGGCACAGGCUUUUGGAUUUGUAAUGACCUGCAUGUGCCCAGGAGGAGGUGGGGGCAAUCUCUUUGCUCUGCUUCUGGAAGGAGAUGUCAUUUUGGCCAUGUUAACGACUUGCACGUCAGCAUUAUUGGCCCUGAUAAUGAUGCCUGUCAAUUCUUCUAUAUACAGUAGGAUGUCAGGGUUAUCAGGUACGUUUCAUAUUCCUGUUUCUAAAAUUGUGUCAACGCUCAUUUUCAUACUAUCACUCGGGACAGUCAUCAGGCUUAGAAGACCUGAGAAAGCAAACUUCCUAGAGAGAAUAACUAGACCUCUGAGUUUUAGUUUAAUGUCUAUAGGGAUUCAUUUAACGUACAGAAUGGGAUUAAUGUUUUUAAAAAGCCUAGACGUGCUUCUGUUGGGUCUGUUAGUUCCUUCUUUGGGUCUCGUGUUUGGUGGGUACUCCUUUGCUAGGAUUUGUAUGCUGCCUCUUCCAGUGCGUAAAACUGUUGCUAUUGAAAGUGGGAUACUAAAUAGUUUCUUAGCCCUUGCUAUUCAGCUCUCUUUCUCACAGUCCAAAGCAGACAUAGCUUCUGUGGUUCCUUUUACAGUAGCCAUGUGUUCCGGAUGUGAAAUGUUACUAAUCCUUCUAGUCUACAAGGCUAAGAAAAGAUGGAUCCUUAUCGUAGAAGAUAGAAGAAAAAAAUUUUCCCUAGUUUAACAAUGAAAGCAUUACUGAAUUCCUACUUUGGGUAAGGUACUAUGGAAGAUUAAAAGAAGAAAUAAAAUGAGGCCUGCUCUCAAGCCUCUUCUGAUCUGGUUGAAAACUUGACAUUAGGCAGAAAAUUAUGUAUGUAAUCCUACAUGCUAAGUCCCCAGUGAGUGGUACAAACAGUUAAAUGUUCAUAAGUUUAGAGGAAGGAGACACCUUUGGGAAUGUUUUAUAGAAUAACAUUCAAAUAUGAUACUUUAUUAUCAUCUCUUAAA